AUGUCCGUCAGAAUACCGCUGUAUCUCGCAAAGAUCUCUUUCUACGACAAUAAUGACCAGGCUGUUUUCGUCCUACUUGGUGAUGCAGGAACUGAGUUGACAGGGAAGCAAGCGGCAGAAUUGGUUGACAACUACUUUGAGAUGCUUGGCCCCCAAGCUUUAAUUGACACCAUUGGACAAACUCAUAAGUUCAGGGUCAAGGUGUCUAACCUCAACUUCAGCGGCAAGAUUCAGUCUAUAACUGUUACUAAGGUUGUCUCACCAGAGAUUCUGCCACCCGUGCCAACUCCAACUGAAAUCCCACUUGAUGCGGAAGAUGAAGUUGCUUUGGCUACUGCAAGUGUCGUUGCUGGGUCUGGAAUCAAUGCUGAUGAUGGGAAUGAAAGUAGCAGUAAAAGGGAUGAAUCACAGAAGGCUAAGCGUCCUAAACAUGGCAACUAGAUCUUACACCACUCACUUCGUACAUGCUGAGUGGUCGUCCUUUUUUUUUCAG